CCAGAAGGGAAGAUGUCAAACCAGAAAGAUAUGAAUGACUGCAUCAGUGGCCAAGAGGAUCGGCAUCCAAACAUGGAAAGAAAUGAAUGCCUUCUCAAACAUCUGAACUUUCUUUCUUAUGAUGAACCCUUGGGUGUCAUGUUGGCUAUUUUGGCGCUCUCUCUUGCAAUGAUCACAGCAAUGGUUCUUGGAACCGUCACUAAAUACCGGAACACCUCCAUUGUUAAAGCUAACAACAGGAACCUCACCUACUCUCUGCUCAUUUCCCUUCUUCUCUGCUUCCUUAGUGUUUUGCUCUUCAUUGGUCAGCCACACAUACUGACUUGUCAUCUACAACAAAUAGCUUUUGGCAUCACCUUCUCAGUGUCUGUUUCUUCCAUCUUGGCAAAAACCACCACAGUGGUUCUGGCUUUCAUGGUCAUUAAGCCAGGAUCUAAAGUGAAGAAAUGGGUGGGGAAAAACCUUGCAAACUCUAUUGUUCUUUGCUGCUCAUUUAUUCAGGUGUGCAUUUGCAUAGCAUGGCUAUGUAUGGAUCCUCCAUUCCUGAAUUUGGAUGUGCAUUCUCUACCUGAAGAAAUCGUAGUGGAAUGUAAUGUAGGAUCAACCAAUAAUUUGUAUUAUAUUUUGGGAUACAUGGGAUUCCUUGCUCUUCUUAGUCUGAGUGUGAGUUUCGUUGCUCGAAAGCUCCCCGAUACUUUUAAUGAAGCCAAGUUUAUCACUUUCAGCAUGUUGUUGUUUUGUAGUGUGUGGGUGUCAUUUAUUCCAACUUACUUAAGCACUAAAGGGAAAUAUAUGGUAGCUGUGGAAAUUUUUUCCAUCUUGGCUUCUGGUGCUGGAUUGCUGGGUUGUACCUUCACACCUAAAUGUUAUAUAAUUCUGCUUAGGCCUGAACUGAACAUUAAGGAGCAGCUAAUAAAAAGGAAAAGAAUGUAA